AAUCCACCGCCGCCGCCUGCCAGUCUUGCGUGUGCCGUGUGUCCGUGUGCGCGUACGCCGUCCGCUCGAAGGUACGCACAGUCUCCGCGUCCGCGCGGCUCCAUCGCGCCAUCCAAAGAGAUUCCCGACUACGCACACACACACACACACACACAUACAUAUACACCGUCGUGCAGACGCCAAGCGAUAUUGUCGCGUACCAAGCGGUAAGACACCGGCGGAAAGAAACGCGCGCGCGCGCGCGCUCUCGCCCCCGGUCGAUCUCGCCCGUUUUACGCCCUCGGCGCGGGGCGGCGCUUUCCGGAGCGCACCACCGCACGCCACCCGCCGCGGCCACCGGCACCACCGGCACCGACACCGAAGCCGCCGCCGUCGACGACACACUAGCAUCAGACCAUGUGGAUCGCCCGCUGCCCGGAGCUGCACCACCGUCGCCGUCGCCGCUGACCGUAUACUAUUAAACCGUCUUCCGCGCGAAAGAGACGCGCCAUGUGCAGCAGCCGAUAAGCGCAUCGUACUGCACAGUCAGAAGAGCGCCGUUGCACAUUCCGCAUAAUAUUAUCUUCGAUACAUACUCUAUAGUGGCCACAGACCAAGAUGUAGGCGAACAAAUCGAGAGGAUCAAGACGCUGCUUCAGCAGAGAAGACGCGUUCACUCGUCACGAAUAUUAUCACAGAAAAAUUACGAUAACAAAUACAAACGGAGGCAGAGAGAAAACCGAGGAAGAGACAGUGACCACGCACAGACAGACGGACACGCGGGGGUCGGAGAGCGGACCCGCGAUGAAGACGUCGUCCGCGAGGACGUCGGCGCUGCUGACGGCCGCCGUGGCCGCGGUAGCCCUGGCCGCCGUGUGCUGCGCGCCGCGCGCCGGAUGCAGCGACGGCGGUGCAACGCUGUCGCCGCACAUGCACCACAACAUAGCGAUACUGCCCAGUGACGUGUACCCGGGAUACGGCAUCAAGCAGUUCGCCAGCGACAACAAGUACGCGUACUUCCGGCUGCUGGAGACCGGGUUCUCGCAGUUCUUCGCCGUGCUCAAGGACGGGCUACUGAUGACCACCACCGACCUGGGGCUGCUGGUCAAGCGGCCCGUCAACCUGGUGGUGCUGGAGGAGUCGCCGAACGCCACGUUCACGCACAACAUGCAGCUGUUCGUGCUGGAGAAGCGCGAGAUGCUGCGGUUCGCCGGCGACGCGGCCUACCCGGACGGCAAGGUGUCGGAGAACAAGCCGCCGGGGACGAGGGUCCGCGGCGUGCCGGUGCUGCACGCGUUCGGCGAGGGCGUGGCAGGGUUGCCCAUACGGUACGCAAUCGUGGACGGCAACGACGACGGAGCGUUCGCGCUCAAGACGGCCGAGAACAUCAUCGCCGGCAACAUCACCAACAAGUCGUACUACCGGGGCGUGCACCUGGUCACCAAGCGGCCGUUGGACAGGGAACAGCGCCCGUCGUACGACCUGAUCGUGCAGGCGGCCGACGGCAGCGGCAUCGACAAGGCGUACGCCACCGUGCACGUGGACGUGCUGGACGAGAACGACAACAGCCCCGUGUUCGGACAGGCCCUGUACAAGAUCAACGUGGACGGGUUCGCGUUAGGCCUGGACAACGGAACGGCCGGCCCGGGCCGGUACUCGGCCGUGGGCCGCGUGUCGGCGGUGGACGCUGAUGGCGACCGUGUCGCGUACCGACUGUCCGCGCCCAGCGCAGCCGUCGUCGUCGUCCCGCAGACCGGCGAGCUGCUCGUGUCCGACGACGUGCUGCGGUCCCGCGAGUACUUCGAGUGUCAGCUGACCGUGGACGCUCACGACCUGCGCGAGCCGUCCCGCGUCGCCGACCGUCCGGCCACCGUCUGGAUCCAAUACAACUUCGUCGUGCUCGACGACGACGUGCUCAUGCAGGACUUUGGCGCUUACGACGACGCGGCCGACCACCGGGUGUACAAGCGCCGGGUGACGCGGGCCGUGCGGCCCACCAAGCGCAUCGAGUUCACCGAGACCGACGGCGAACAGGAGGGCCGGAGCGUGUUCCCGCUGGAGAAGGAGACCGAGAAGGAGACGUUCAAGAUCCGGGACGAGAACCCGUGGGUGACAGUGGAGCCGAACGGCGCGGUCCGGGUCAAGAAGAAGUGGGACUACGAGGAGUUGGGCCCCGAGAAGACCAUCGACUUUUGGGUGACCAUCACGAACGCCGGCGUCGGAGGAGUGAAAUAUACGGACAAUCAGAGGGUUAUCAUUCACGUGAAAGACGUCAACGACGAGCCUCCGUACUUCAUCAACCGGCCGCUGCCCAUGCAAGCCGUGGUGCAGUUGAACGCGCCGCCAAACACGCCGAUAUUCACUCUCCAGGCACGCGAUCCGGACACCGACCACAGCAUACAUUACUUCAUCGUCAGGGACAGAACCGGUGGGAGGUUCGAGGUGGACGAGCGGUCAGGCGUCGUCCGGACCAGGGGUACCGACCCGUUUCAGUUGGACAUGGAAUACGUUUUGUACGUGAAAGCCGAAGACCAGAACGGUAGGAUGGACGAGCGCCGUUUUCAGUCGACGCCCGAAGAACGUCUGUCGAUCGUCGGCGGCAAGAGAGCUCCGCAGUUUUACAUGCAGUCGUACGAAGCGGAAAUACCGGAGAACCAGAGAAAAGACUCCGACAUCAUAUCAGUGAAAGCUAAAUCGUUUGCCGACCGAGAGAUACGUUACACGCUUAAAGCGCAGGGCCAAGGCGCCGGGACUUUCAAUAUCGGGCCGACAUCGGGCAUCGUGAAACUGGCCAAGGAAUUGGAUUUCGAGGAUUUGAGACAACCACACGUGUACUCGCUGAUCGUCACAGCUACCGAGGAUUCCGGUGGAUUUUCAACGUCCGUUGAGCUCACCAUUCGCGUGACGGACGUCAACGACAACGCGCCCAAGUUCGAGCUGCCCGAUUACCAGGCGCACAACGUGGACGAAGACAUCCCACUCGGGACGUCCAUACUGAAAGUGAAAGCCAUGGACGCGGACUCCGGCGAGAACGCAGAGAUCGAGUACCACGUGAGCGACGAUCAUUUCGCCGUCGACGCUUCGGGCAUCGUCAACAACAACAAGCAAUUGGACGCCGACAACAAUAACGCCUAUUACGAAUUCGUCUUGACCGCCAAGGACAAAGGGGAACCUUCGAAAACGGGCACGGCCACCAUAAGGAUUUACACGAAGAACAAAAACGACGAGGAGCCAAAGUUUUCGCAGCAAGUAUACACUCCGAACGUUGACGAAAACGCCGGUCCCAAUACGCUGGUGACCACGGUGGUGGCUUCGGACAAGGACGGAGACAACGUCAGGUUUGGAUUUGUGGGCAGUGGUACGUCGUCCGGUCAGUUCGUCAUCGAAGAGAUCACCGGGGUGAUCCGGCUGCACUCGAAAUCGAUAUCGCUGGAAAGGGACAAGUACGAGCUGAACGUGACCGCCGUGGACGACGGUGCGUGUUGCGUGAACGGCGCGACGACCAUACACACCAGUACCGCGGUAGUGGUCGUGUUCAUCACGGACGUGAACGACAACAAACCGGUGUUCAGGGAAUGCGCCAAGUACAACCCAAAAGUCGAAGAGGGCGCGCCGAACGGCAGUCCAGUGCUCAAGGUGCACGCGACUGACGAGGACAAAGGCGUCAACGGUCAAGUGAAAUACUCGAUCGUCCAGCAGCCGAAUCAAAAAGGCACAAAGUUCACCGUCGACGAAGAAACCGGCGAAGUGUCCACCAACAAGGUGUUCGAUCGAGAAGGUGAUGACGGCAAAUUCGUGUCGGUCACGAUUAAAGCUACCGACCAGGGAGAUCCGUCUUUGGAAGGCGUUUGCUCUUUCACUGUCGAGAUAACCGACGUCAACGACAAUCCACCACUGUUCGACCGUCAAAAAUACGUGGAGAACGUGAAACAAGACGCCAGCAUCGGUACGAACAUCCUGAGAGUGUCUGCUUCCGACGAGGACGCCGACAAUAACGGAGCGAUCGUCUAUUCGCUGACCGCCCCGUACCCGGGCGACGAUCUGGACUACUUCGAGAUCCAACCGGAAUCCGGUUGGAUCGUUUUAAAGAAACCGCUCGACCAAGAAAAGUAUCGUCUACGCGUGAGAGCUUCGGAUUGUGGUGAUCCACCGUCGUACGCUGAGGUCGAUAUUGAAUUAGACGUCGUUGAUCGGAACAAUAAACCUCCUCUGUGGGAGCGGAGCGUGUACGGUCCUACACACAUCAAAGAGAAUGUCACAAUCGGUACCAUUGUGAUCUCAGUCAAAGCCAGCUCGGGAAUCGAAGGAAAUCCGACCGUGUUCUAUCGGCUGAUGCCGGGAUCCACGGCGCAGACGAACAAGUUCCACACGUUCUAUCUGCAACAGAGGCAGGACAAUGGUUUUACUUGGGCCGACAUAAAGGUCAACCAUCCACUGGACUACGAAACUAUCAAGGAAUACAAUCUGACUAUUCGUGUGGAGAACAACGGAGCUCAACAACUUGCUUCCGAAGCGACGGUUUACAUCAUGCUGGAAGACGUGAACGACGAAAUACCGUUGUUCACCGAACGGGAACAGGAGACCGUCCUGGAAGGCGAGCCGAUUGGAACCAAAGUCACUCAAGUUAACGCGAUCGACAAGGAUGGCACGUUCCCGAAUAACCGGGUAUAUUAUUAUGUGGUCGAUUCACCACGGAACGAGGGAAAGGAUUAUUUCGAAAUAAACACGGAAACCGGAGAGGUGUUCACGAAAAUAGUUUUUGACAGAGAAAAGCAAGGCGCUUACGCUCUGGAAGUCGAGGCCCGGGACGGAGCUCCGUCUGCCAGGCCCAACAACGGCGAAGCCCCGAACUCAGUGUCCAAGUUCAUUCGGAUCGGAAUCGCCGACAAGAACGACAACCCUCCGUACUUCGACAAGGCGCUGUACGAGGCCGAGGUUGAUGAAAACGAAGACAUUCAGCACACGGUGCUCACCGUAACUGCAAAGGACCACGAUGAAUCUUCCAGAAUACGUUACGAGAUAACGGGAGGUAAUCUCGGCGGGGCGUUUGCCGUCAAAAACAUGACCGGUGCCAUUUAUGUCGCCGGCCCGUUGGACUACGAGACGAGGAAAAGAUACGAAUUACAUCUAUCCGCGUCGGACAACUUGAAAGAAAACCACACGAUAGUCGUGAUCCACGUGAAAGACGUUAACGAUAAUCCACCGGUGUUCGAACGGCCCACGUACAGGACACAGAUCACGGAAGAGGACGACCGGAACUUGCCCAAACGCGUCUUACAGGUAACGGCCACCGACGGCGACAAGGAUCGUCCGCAGAACAUCGUCUAUUUCCUCACGGGACAGGGAAUCGAUCCCGACAACCCGGCCAACAGUAAAUUCGACAUCAAUCGUACGUCUGGCGAGAUAUUCGUUCUCAAGCCAUUGGACAGAGAUCAGCCCAACGGCAGACCUCAAUGGAGAUUUACUGUGUUCGCGCAGGACGAAGGGGGUGAAGGCUUGGUUGGAUAUGCUGACGUUCAAGUGAACCUCAAAGACAUCAACGAUAACGCGCCGGUAUUCCCGCAAGGAGUUUACUGGGGAAAUGUAACCGAAAACGGAACAGCUGGAAUGGUAGUGAUGACAAUGACGGCGGUGGAUUACGACGACCCGGCUGAAGGAACUAACGCUAAACUGAUCUAUUCGAUCGAGAAAAACGUGAUCGAAGAAGAAACUGGCACUCCGAUAUUCGAAAUCGAAUCCGAUACGGGAGUCAUCAAGACGGCCGUGUGCUGUUUGGACCGAGAACGCACUCCGGACUAUUCGAUCCAAGUGGUCGCCAUGGACGGCGGAGGUCUGAAAGGUACGGGAACCGCGUCCAUUCGAGUGAAGGACAUCAACGACAUGCCGCCGCAGUUCACGAAGGAAGAGUGGCUCACCGAAGUUGACGAGACCGAUGGAUUUAAUUUCCCGGAAACCCCCAUAUUGACCGUCACGGUGCACGACGAAGACGAGACCAACAAGUUCCAAUACAAAGUAAUCGAAAACAGCGGUUAUGGGGCAGAUAAAUUCACCAUGGUACGGAACAACGACGGAACCGGAUCGCUGAAAAUCGUUCAACCGUUGGAUUAUGAGGACCAGCUGCAGAGUAACGGAUUCCGUUUCAGGAUUCAAGUCAACGAUAAGGGUGAAGACAACGAUCACGACAAAUAUCACGUCGCGUACUCGUGGGUUGUCGUCAAACUGCGGGAAAUCAACGACAACAAGCCACAGUUCGAACGGCCCAACAUUGAAGUAUCAGUAUACGAAAACGUAGAAGUUGGCAAGAGCUUGGAAACGUUUAAAGCCACUGACCCGGAUCAAGGCGGCAAAAGCAAAGUGUCGUACGCUAUCGACCGCGUCUCCGACCGACGCCGUCAGUUCCGCAUCAGUCAAGAAGGGACAGUUUCUAUUCAGCGGCAACUGGACAGAGAGGAAACUCCCAGACAUCAGGUGAAAAUCUUGGCCAUCGACGACGGCGUUCCACCGAAAACAGCUACGGCCACCCUCACGGUGAUCGUCCAGGACAUCAACGACAACGCUCCGAAGCUUCUCCGUGAUUACCGUCCGGUGUUGCCAGAGCACGUGCCUGCCAGAAAAGUCGUAGAAGUCUUAGCUACCGACGACGACGACCGCUCGAAAAGCAACGGGCCACCAUUCACGUUCAGGAUGGACCCGAACGCAGAUGAUGUGAUCAGAGCAUCGUUCAAAGUCGAACACGAUCAAAAGGGAGCCAACGGUGACGGUAUGGCUGUCAUUUCGUCGCUCAGGUCGUUCGAUCGAGAACAACAGAAAGAAUAUCUCAUACCAAUCGUGAUCAAAGACUCUGGUAAUCCAGCGAUGACGGGAACCAGUACUCUGACUGUCAUCAUUCGAGAUGUAAACGAUAACAAAAUGCAACCUGGAUCCAAAGAAAUAUUUGCUUACAAUUACAUGGGCCAAGCUCCGGACACGGAAAUCGGUCGGGUAUACGUGUACGAUUUGGACGACUGGGACUUGCCAGACAAAAAGUUCUACCCUGACGGCACCGAACAUCCUCGGUUCAAGCUAAACGACACUACGGGAAUGAUCAUGAUGCGCCACGGUACGAGAGAGGGACAAUACCAUUUGAGGUUCAAAGUGUACGACCGCAAGCACACACAAACGGACAUCUCUGCGAACGUCACUGUUACAGUGAAAGAAAUUUCACCCGAGGCGGUGAUGAACGCGGGGUCCAUACGUAUUGCUGGCAUAUCCGACGAAGACUUCAUCAGGAUAUGGAACUACAGAACGCAGAGCUUGGUUAGAAGCAAAGCCGAUAAAUUCAAAGAUAAGCUCGUGGACAUUUUGAACACGCCCAGGGAAAAUAUCGACAUUUUCAGUGUUCAGUUGAAACAAAAGUAUCCCCCGUUGACCGACAUCAGGUUCUCUGCUCAUGGAUCGCCUUACUACAAAACAGUGAAACUCAACGGUCUGGUCUUGAUGCACCGCGAAGAGAUUGAAAAGGACGUGGGAAUAAACAUCACCAUGGUGGGCAUCGACGAGUGCCUGUACGAGUAUGUGAACUGUGAAGGGAGUUGCACGAACGUGUUCGAAAUAAACACUCUGCCGUACAUGGUGAACGCUAACAAGACGGCACUGGUCGGCGUCCGAAUAGAUACCUAUGCGGAAUGCACUUGUGGGGCCCGAAACUUCACGAAAAUCGAUACGUGCCGAUCGAGCCCAUGCCUGAACGGCGGGCGGUGCACGGACACCAGGAACGGACCGACGUGUGAAUGCCCGAACGGCUUUAACGGACCCAGAUGCCAGCAGACAGCCAGGAGCUUCAAGGGUAGUGGAUGGGCUUGGUACCCGCCUUUGGAGAUGUGCGACAACUCUCAUUUGAGCCUUGAGUUCGUCACGAGAAAAGCAGACGGUCUCAUGCUGUACAACGGUCCCAUCGUUCCACCAGAACCCGAAGAAACACUUGUAUCAGAUUUCAUAUCAGUUGAGUUGGACAGGGGUCAACCACGUUUGCUCAUUGAUUUCGGGUCCGGUACGCUAGAACUUAAGGUUAAAACAAAAAAGAGCUUGGACGACGGUGAAUGGCACAAAAUAGACGUAUUCUGGGACACUGAGAACAUCCGUUUGGUGGUUGACAACUGCCGUUCGGCGGACAUCACAGAACUGGAAGACGGUUCUCAUCCGGAGUUCGACGAUGCCUCGUGCCAGGCCCAGGGCACAAUACCACCGUUCAAUGAGUACUUGAACAUCAAUUCACCAUUGCAAAUCGGUGGCCGGUACGUGCAGGACUUCGAUCCCACCCACUAUCACUGGCAAUCCGCUCCAUACGGCAAAGGGUUUGAUGGCUGCAUCAAAAACGUUUAUCACAACAGCAAGCUCUACGAUUUGGCCAACCCGGGCCUCACCAGAAACAGCGUUGCCGGAUGUCCACAAACCGAAGAUCUGUGCAUGCAGUUGGUCGGCCACAGGUGUUCGGAACACGGAUCGUGCGUGGGCAGCAUGGUGGAACCACGGUGCGAGUGCAGCCCCGGCUGGUCGGGCGCCGAUUGUCUCACGCCCACAAUACCAACCACGUUCCGGCCUCAGAGCUACGUGAAGUACGCCCUAUCAUUCGACGCUGACAAGUUCAUGACCAAAAUCCAGUUGCGUUUUAGGACGCGUGAAGAGCACGGCGAGUUGUUCAGAGUCAGUGACCAACAUAACCGCGAAUACGCUAUUCUCGAGAUUAAAGACAGCAAACUACAUUUCCGAUACAACUUGAACAGCUUGCGGACCGAGGAAAGGGACGUAUGGCUUAGCGCCGUGACCGUCGACGACGGCAAAUGGCAUACAGCCAAAGUGUCGAGGUACGGUUCAUCAGCCAUUUUGGAACUAGACGGUGGAGAAGGAAAGCAUUACAACGAAACUUAUCGAUUCGAGGGACAUCAGUGGUUAAUGGUGGACAAGCAAGAAGGAGUGUACGCCGGUGGAAAGGCUGAGUACACGGGCGUUCGAACGUUUGAAGUAUACGGUGACUUCCAAAAAGGUUGUUUGGAUGACAUACGUUUGGAGGGGAGAUAUCUUCCGUUGCCACCGGCAACCAACGGGACUCAGUGGGGACAAGCUACCAUGGCCAGAAACGUCGAGAGGAACUGCCCAUCGAACAAACCGUGCGCCAACGUAAUCUGCCAGGAGCCUUUCGAAUGCGUCGAUCUUUGGAACUAUUACGAUUGCACUUGCGGCGAAGGGAGGAUCAUGACCCCGGACCGCAAAGGAUGCGUGGACAAGAACGAGUGUCUGGACAGCCCUUGCAGGAAUGGUGGCGUUUGCCUAAAUCAAGACCCUAGGAUCCGUUAUCGCUGUAUAUGCCCAGAAGGCUUUUGGGGCGAGAAUUGCGAACUGGUCCAAGAAGGCCAGAAACUGAAACUUGGAAUGGGCGCACUGGCCGCCAUACUGGUGUGUCUCCUCAUCAUCCUCAUUCUGGUGUUGAUGUUCGUUGUGUACAACCGGCGACGCGAGUCACACAUCAAGUACCCCGGACCGGACGACGACGUCAGAGAGAACAUAAUCAACUACGACGACGAGGGCGGCGGCGAAGACGACAUGACCGCGUUUGACAUCACACCGUUGCAGAUACCCAUCGGCGGGUCAAUGAACAACAUGCACCCUCAAAAAUAUAAAUAUCCAGCGAUGCCCGUGGGCGUGGAACCCAACGUCGGCAUGUUCAUCGAAGACCACAAGAAACGCGCGGACGGCGAUCCAAACGCCCCGCCGUUCGACGACUUGCGCAAUUAUGCUUACGAAGGAGGCGGCAGCACUGCCGGAUCAUUGUCAUCGUUAAACACGGGUACCGAGGACGACCACCAAGACUACGAGUACUUGGUGUCUUGGGGUUCGCAUUUCGACAAACUGGCCGACAUGUACAGCCGGGACGGCGAACACGAGAUGGACGAGGAGCAGUAGAGGAGACGACGAAGAGCACGUUUAAAGCCGACUGUUGUGUAGAUUAAUGUAAUAUUAUUAUUAUAU